AUGCCUCCCACAUCCACGAGUCCUGCUGCCUCUCCUGAGCCGACAUCGCACUCCACGCCAGUGAAGAUCAUCCUGCAAGACACGAAUGACGUUGCGGAGCUGACGUACGAUGCUUUGGACGAGUCUGCAGCACUGCGACAUGUGAGGGAUGCCUCUGCUGGUGGCACGGUGCUCUUUGUAGGCACCACGCGCGAUACUUUUCAAGGUGAGCAGGUUCAUGUCGAGCAGGCGCACGUCUGCGAAUGCCGGGUGCCGUCGCGCAAGUGCGAGGUGAUCAGAAGCCACCGAGAAGAAGGCACGGUGGUCAUGAAGGUGUCUAUUGGAGCGCACGGGUGAUCUGACGUGGGAGACAGCUACUUGGUUCUCCAUUCACAGGCAAACGAGUCCUUCGACUCGAGUACGAAGCGUACAGCAAGCUUGCCAUCAAGACGCUCGAGAGCAUUCUUCGACGCUCACGCAGCAUAGAAUGGCCGCCCCCCGCUCCUCUCACGACCUCCUCUUCUUCCAGUUCUUUACCAUCCAUCAGCCGCACACAAGCUCCCGACCAGCCCAUCCCAGCAUCGCAGCAAGUCACGCGCAUCUUUAUAGCUCAUAGACUGGGUCACGUACCCGUGGGAGAGCCGAGCAUCCUUGUUUGUGCUUCCGCGCCGCAUAGGAGACGCGCCUUUGAGGUUGCAGAGUGGGCAUUGGAGCAAGUCAAGAAGGAUGUGCAGGUCUGGAAGAGGGAAGUGUACGGAGCUAGUUUGGACUCCGACCAAGUCGCGCCGGAUGGUGUGUGGAAGGGGAACAAGGAUGUCCAAGUCGUCUAA